GCUGGGCGCGCCGGCGUCCCCGCGGCGUCCCUUGGGGGCUGGUGACAUGGAGGGAGCGGGGUUGCCCCGCGAGGGGGGCCAGGUGUCCCCGUCCCCUGUCCUGGCGCUGUGGCGCCAGGCUCCCCCCGUCAAGAAGGUGAAGAAAGCCGUCCUCUUCUUCGAGGUGGAGAUCCUGGAUGCCCGGACGCGGGAGAAGCUCUGCUUCCUCGAUAAGGUGGAGCCCCACGCCACCAUCGCCGAGAUCAAGAGCCUCUUCAACAAGGCCCAUCCCCAGUGGUACCCGGCCAGACAGUCCCUGCGCCUGGACCCCAAGGGCAGGUCCCUGAAGGACGAGGACGUGCUGCAGAACCUGCCCGUGGGCACCACCGCCACCUUCUACUUCCGCGACCUGGGCGCCCAGAUCAGCUGGGUGACGGUCUUCCUGACGGAGUACGCGGGGCCGCUGCUCAUCUACCUGCUCUUCUACUUCCGCGUCCCCUUCCUCUACGGCCCCCGCUACGACUUCACCGCCAGCCGCCACGCCGUCGUCCACCUGGCGUGUGGCUGUCACUCCUUCCACUACAUCAAGCGCCUGCUGGAAACGCUCUUCGUCAACCGCUUCUCCCACGGCACCAUGCCCCUGCGCAACAUCUUCAAGAACUGCACCUACUACUGGGCUUCGCCGCCUGGAUGGCCUAUUACAUCAACCACCCGCUGUACACCCCCCCGCCUACGGUGACGAGCAGGUGAAGCUGGCGCUCGCCGUCUUCCUG